UGAAACCUGCCAAAUACUUAACCUAAGUUUCGGGAUCACCACGAAAGGCUCCGAAGGCCUUCGAUUUCCCGGCUUCUAGAUCUCCCUGUCGAUUCGAGGUUGGUGUAUCCCCCGGUAUCUCGAUCGCGUCCGGACAGAUGCGAGUCGGAAAGCGAAUCGUGUGUUUACGAGCGACAGUGUACGUGGGAGAUUCGAUUUUUGCAAAAUGGCAGAAGAAAACAAUGGCGAAGUUAUGGACGAUAAGUCCAACGGUAAUAAAGAACCUCCAAAAAUGAGCGCUGCAGAGGAACGUUCAGAAUAUUUUAGAAAGCUGGAGAAGUGGUUGCACGAAGCGUAUGCUUGGCAGAGCAUGGCUGCGAUGUUCCCAUAUUAUCUAAUGUCGGGUCAAAUAUUGAAUUCAUCAUCGGAUAUGAUCAUUACAUAUGUACCACCAUUUUCAUCUGCAGCAUCAAAUGCAGCAGGUACACAGAGAUUAAUACUAGGCACAAAUGGUCAACAGAAUGAUCCGCUAAGGCAAAGAAGAGCCCAAGAUCCCAUGGGAUCUCCGUUUCAACCUCCUGGAGCAGAAGGCUUUGAAUAUCGUAUACCACGAAUAUGGAAAAGAUUUGCUGCUGAAUUUAUAGAUUUCACCAUGUUAUUCUUCUUGAAGUUUUCUAUUGCUUUCAUUGCCAUUGAUGUUUUUGAUCUUAUAGAUAUAGAUGAUUUGUGGAUGAACUUGAGAAUCGAUUAUAUAAUGUCUUUAGAAGUGACAUAUGGAAUGAUAGUGUUGCAGAUAAUACACUGUGUAAUAGCGUGUGUUUUCGAGGCAUUUUGGCUGCAACAUGGCGUAAAUGGUCGUGGUGGUGGUGCAACACCUGGCAAAUCUAUGAUGGGAUUGCGGGUUGUACAAUGCCGAAAUAUUACACCUGUCGAUAGACCUGACAAUUCGGAAGUUGUACGCGUUUCCCCAGGAACAAAGUUAGGCUUACCAUUCGCACUUGGAAGAUCUGUGAUUAAGAACAUGAUCCUGGCCUUCUUUUUCCCAAUAUGCUUUGCAUUAUUCAUUUUUAGAUUUAACAGAGCUAUUUACGACUUACUUUGUAACUCGAUCGUAGUUGAAGAUCCUUAUAGAAACUUAAAUAAUAAUAGAUUGCAUCAGCAAUGAAUACAAGUUCUGUUAUAGGAACAAUGCAUUUCUAAUUUGCAUGUUUUAUGUGUGUGUAUGUAUGUGUGUGAGAGUCAAUGUACAUAUAUGUAUAAAUUAAAUGUAGUGUCGUUACAAAGUAUUUUUCUAAACUUUAUGACGGUUACUAUCUACACCAUUGUAAAGUAAAGGGCUAUGUAAUAUCUUUAUAACAGGCGCGUACAAGUUAUUUAAAAGUGGACACUUAAUUAAAUUAAAAUCUGCACAACUUGUACACAUCAUAAUUAUUGUAGCUAUGAAUAAAACAUUUUAUAAUUGA